AUGGAAUCACUUAUUCGAGGCUCGCUCUGGAUAAGGUAUGUCGCGGUAUUUAUCUGUCUGUAUGUCAGCCUGAGAAGAACAUCUGCCGUCACCCACUACUCCAUACCAGAAGAAAUGGAGGUAGGGUCGGUGGUGGCCAACCUGGCGACAGAUCUAGGGCUAGAUGUUAAGUCUUUAACGAAACGUAAGGUGCGGUUAGACGUUAUCGCCAACAGGAAAUAUGUGGACGUGAACAGAGAGACUGGCGAACUAUAUAUUUUGGAAAGGAUUGAUCGAGAGAUUCUGUGUCCUGUUAAAAUGACGACUUCGAACUGUUUUCUUAAACUGGAUGCAACCAUCGAGAAUCCCAUACGAAUGUUCAACAUCGAAUUAGAAAUAACUGACAUUAAUGACAAUGCACCCCACUUCCGUAGAGACACCAUGCAUUUAGAUAUUUCUGAGUCUACUCCGACAGGCGAGAGGUUUUCUCUUAACAAUGCUGUUGAUCCUGAUUUCGGCACAAAUUCAAUUAACACAUACCGUUUAAGUGAGAGCGAACAUUUCACUAUUGAGAUACAAACAGGAAGAGAUAGUUCAAAAUUUGCCGACUUGAUUCUGACAAAACCCUUGGACAGAGAAAAGACCGCAAUGUAUAAUCUGAUACUCACAGCUUUAGAUGGCGGAGUCCCCACGCGCUCUGGCACAGCAAGUAUCAUUGUUCGUGUGUUAGACACAAAUGACAAUGCACCUCAGUUCGACAAAGACAGCUACACCAUAAACAUAUCAGAAAAUGCGCCUAUUGGUAGCCUUGUGGUUAAAUUAAAUGCAACAGAUUUAGAUGAAGGUUCCAACUCAGAGGUUGAAUACUCGUUCAGUCUGUAUACAUCAGAAAAGACUCAGGAAACAUUUGGCUUAAAUCCCACUAAUGGCGAAAUUCGUGUGAAAUCCAUGAUCAAUUAUGAAGAUUUCAAAAUCUAUGACAUGGAGGUUAUAGCCAAGGAUAAAGGCACUAAUACCCUGUCCAGCCAAUGUAAAUUAACCAUCUUGGUGACCGAUAUGAAUGACAAUCAUCCAGAAAUAUCUAUAAAGUCCUUCCAGAGUCCAAUUAAGGAAGAUGUAGAUGUAGACACUGUUAUUGCAGUGGUUAGUGUCGGUGAUAAAGACUCAGGAGAAAAUGGCAUUGUGGACAUUCACAUUUCUGACAAGCUACCAUUUUCACUGAAAAAGUCAGCUGAUAACUACUAUGAGCUUGUGGUUUCUAAACCAUUAGACCGGGAAACAGUGCCAGAGUAUGAUAUAACAUUUACAGUUACUGAUAGGGGCUCCCCACCAUUGUUCGAUAAUGAAACCAUAACGCUAGAGUUGUUAGACGUGAAUGACAACGUCCCGCUAUUCCCCAAGUCAUUCUGCACUAUUCAAGUUAUGGAGAACAACGCACCUGGGGCGCUGCUAAGUUCACUGACAGCGUUUGAUCCAGACCUCCACGAAAACCAGUACUUAGUGUAUUUUAUCUUAGAAAAGGAAAUUGCGAACACGUCCAUGUCCAUGCUGUUCUCCAUCAACCCAGAAAAUGGCAACCUUUACGCGCUGAAAACCUUUGACUACGAGAUAGAGAAAGAGUUUCUUUUCCACAUUGAAGCAAGGGAUUCCGGUGUCCCUCCCCUCAGUAGUAACGUUACAGUUCAUAUUAUUAUAAUGGACCAGAACGACAACACACCUAUUAUUGUGUCUCCGUGGCGCGCGCACGGCUCCGUGGUUGAGGAAAAGAUUCCAAGAUCCACAGACAAAGGAUCUCUGGUGUCCAAAGUUAUCGCCAUUGAUACAGACUCCGUGUUGAACUCUAGAAUCACGUAUCAGUUCCUGCAGAACACCGACGCUACCUUAUUUAGUCUGGACCAAUAUAACGGCGAGAUUCGGACCAUGAGGAUGUUCAGUUACAGAGAUGCGCGUCACCAGCGCCUGGUGGUGAUAGCAAAAGACAAUGGAGAACCCGGUCUAUCUGCCACAGUCACAAUCAAACUCUCAACUGUGGAAACAGCCCUGAAAUCCUACUCUGACUUGACUGAGGUGCCUUUGGAAUAUGACAUAUUUUUGGACUUGAAUCUUUAUUUGGUGAUUGGACUGGGCUCAGUGUCAUUUCUGUUACUGAUCACCAUACUGGUCACCAUCGUGCUGAAGUGCCAGAAACCCAAACACAGCAAAGCAGCUCCUCCCAGUAGGAACAGUGUGGCCAGUGACAGGAACUCAGCCUUCGCAGAUUCAACACUCGUCUCCAAUGACGCAUACUGGUACAGUAUGUUCCUAGCGGAGACGCGUAAAGGGAAACUGGUUGUGAGACAGCCAGUUCCAAAAGGGUCGAGGUACGUUGUGUCCAGCCUACCGAGAAGCACGGGCCUGUCCGAACCCACUGACUCAGCAGCCUCUACACUUCAGUACUCAAAAUGAGAGCGAUCCCUUCCCACAGCUGGAGGCGUCCACCACCACCAGCAGCAGCUCCUCAUGAGGCCUCUCUUGGCUACGCUGACGCCGGAGUGACUUCAGGAGGAUCGCAAAAAACCCCGCCAAAUCGCCGACCCCUACCCACCCUGUCCCUGUCCAGCCCUGCCCGGAUGAGCUGACCAACCAGGAGGACCCUGGAGGCCAUCUGCCCCUUUUCCUGCACACUCAUACCUCCCCACGCACCUACAUGGGACUCAGUAGCACAUCCGUCGUCCCCCCGACCCCCCCCCGUCCAUCACCGCUGCCGGGACUGCCCGCCCUCACUGCCCCUCGCUGCCCUGGAACGCGCCGCCACUGCCCACAAAUCAGAGCCUGUUCAUCCCGCCAGUGUGCCCGCAUGACCCCUGCGUACGUCAGAGACUGACGCGCUUAUGGCCCUUUCAUGUUCCACCAUGACGACGCUGGAGAGAGGACUAUUGGGAACGGACUGGUUUUGGGAACGACAUCGCUGAAAAAAACUACAAAACCCACCAUGCUGCAGGGAUGCAGAGAGGAGUAUGGGAUUAUCUUCCUGGUGGGGAACCGCAUCUGAUGACCUGAAAUGAAAUGUCCCCUUCAUCUGGUUCGUAAAGGUGGUGAGCUGGGGAGGGAUUGGGAGGAGUGUAUGUGUACAAAAAAAAUGAGGGAAAAAAAAGAAAAGUAUGAAAAUAACUGAAAUAUAGAAAAAAAAGGGUAGCUUCAGACUAUGUAGUAUUACUGUUUCCAGAUCAUUAAGGGACAUGUUUCUGUGAAUUGCCUGCAGAUAUCAGUAACAUAUGACCACCUAGCUCCUCACAUACUCAUGCCAGUUUGUAAUGCCACUAAACACCCACCACAUUUGCUCAUAGACCCUAAUGUAAGCACAGUCUGACGCCAGUAUUUUAUGAAAAUGAGCCAUUUUUAUGUUCAUACAUGAAUGAUGUCAGUUAAAAAGAAUCAGGCCACUCAGACUCACAUGAUUUCUUCUGCACUGGACACACUCACUACAAAAAAAAAUGACACUCUGUCUCUAUCUCUCUCUGUCUCUCUCUCUCACUGCACACUGCAUCUUACUCCACACUGAAUGCGCCCUUUCUUCAUGUCUGAGUCUGUGUAUUCUCAUGCCAUUCCAUUCCUUGUUCAUUCUCUCCCUCUUUCUCUUCUUCAGACUAAAUGUACUCUUUCUUCAUAUCUGUGAGCCUCUCUGUAUUCUCAUGCCAUCAGCUCUGUCUCUUUCUCUCUUGCACGCAAACCAAGGCACACAAAGUGCUUUGCUGUUCCACUUUUUAAAUAUUCAUAAACUACUCACCACUGAGUGAGGGGCCAGAUUGAUUUUUAGCGAAUCUGGAGGCCAACUGUUCUGUUGUUACUUACUCUCAGCCAACAGCUGGUACAACCAGUUCAGUUCAGUCAGGCCAAUUGACUGGGUGCUAAGAGGACAAGCUCGGACAGGGAUUGACCAGUGGACGAUUGACCAGUGGACGAAUGCCAGAGAGUGGUCCCUGUCCCAGCUUGUUCAAGCAAGACUUUUAAUUUGGUUUAAAACCAUUCUAAUCUCCAUGGCAUGUACAAGCAGUGAUUGGGCCCGAUGGUUUCCUCGGCUUUUGAGUCAAACUCAUUAUGAUUACCAUGGUAACCGCUCGUUUUAACACGUUUUUUUUUCUCCCCUUUAAUCUCUUUUUUUCUGUGCGACUGUUAAAGCGAUUAUCUGAUUGUUGGGAAUGUGACUUUAAUGUGCUUUGAUUAUAUGGUAAUGCUUCAUCAUUACAAGAAAAGAUGGUAGUGUGCAAUGUACUAAACCUGUCCAGUUUGCUGAUUCAUUUUUUUUUAAAAAUAUAUAUGUUUGUUUUUUAUAUACAAAAAGAUGGCAGUUAGUAUGAAAAUGCUAGAUAUUUUGUAACAUUGACCCUAACUGCAACUGCUGCUUUACUUUAUUGUGUACGCUUCUGAAAGUGCUUUGUGUAUGGUAUUCUACUCGUGGUGCAAUAUGUAGGUGUCUUCUUUUCUUUUAAAUGCAGUAUUAUACUGUGUUGUUUUAAUGCUACGCUGUCCCUUCAGCAGUCAUGGUUAUGCUUAUGAAUUUUUAUAGAUUUCCUGGUAAAACGAGCCGAGGGGUCUGGAAGCUCUCUCAGGCCCAACAGGGACACACAGGGCCUCACCAGAGCGCUUCUCAGCUUUGAACUCUGUUGCGCAACUGGGGAAGGAGAACGCAAGAGAGAGAGAGAGAGAGAGAGAGAGGAGGGGAGAGUGAUGGUGCGUGAGCUGUGUGUACAAGAUAAACAGCAGGGGUCCAGUAAUUUUCCAGCCAAUUUUCACAAAACCGAGUUCUUGCGCAAGACGCGCUAACUCUUGGCAGAUGCUGAGGCUACUGCAGCUGGAACUGGGUCUCUCUCUCUCUUUCUCACACACUCUCUCUCUCUCUCUCUCUCACACACACACACACACAGCUCAUGAAAGCCACAGUUUUUCAUUUAACUUGAAGCUUUUUUUCCCACUGAUAUCGGAAAAUGGAGCACCUAGGCUAUUUAUAAAUAUCAGAGGGAACGCUGAUUUUCAUGACAGCCACCGGAGGAGUUCACUCCAUCCUCCCAGGCAGCCCUGAUGUGACCUGUCUGUUUGCCUGCAGUGGGUGGAGGUGGGGGCUGAGUAAUUGUAUUACUGCACUGCAUGGCCUCAAUGAUCUUUUUAAAGUCUGUGUGUGUGUGUGUGUGUGUGUGUGUGUGUGUGUGUGUGUGUGUGUGUGUGUGUGUGUGUGUGUGUGUGUGUGUAAAGGGACUAAUUCAGGCCCAGCCCAGAACACAUGGGGCCUGAGACAGCUUCUUCGACCCUGACUGCUUCAGCUGGUAGUUUUGUGUACAGUGUUGUCUUCUAACUACACACGUGGGGGAAAAAAAGGGAAAUAACAAUAAAUAAUACUAAAAAAAAGCAACAAGCUGUGGAGUAUGAUCCACAAUUUCAUCACUUCGUUUUACUCUACAAUAGAAAUAUAGAAACAUUUGAUGUCAAGUGUGAUUGCCCCUUUCAGUGGGCCGGUAUGUUAAUGCAUUUUCUUGCUACAGACAUGUAGGGAAAUGGUCUUGGAAAGCACUAUCAACUGAGACGCAUUUGGGUCAUUUGGGCUGCACAGAAAGUCUUGUCCAAGUCUUGCUUUUAUAAGGUAUUGGUACCCAUGGCAGAGACAGCAUUGAGGGUUUAGGAAAGGGUGCAUUGCUCUGAUGUAAUAGCUGUUUAUUCUGUAUAAUGGUGACUGUAUUACAGCUAAAAUCAAAUUGAUCUAUGUUAUGAUCAAUGUUGGUAAAAGAAACCACCUAGCUCUGAUGUUUGGUUAUUAAUGAGCUGUGAUAUGUCUAUGCCUGCCUUCACAUGUGUGUCUGUUUGUGUCCGAGUGUGAGAGGCAGUGUAUGUGUGUGAGAGAGAGAGAGUGUGUGUGUAGAAUGCACAAGCAUGUAAGCGUGGUGUUUGUUUGGGUGGAUGAAGAUGAGGUCAUCUUGAGGAUGGUGUCACAAUGAGAAGCGAUAGGAAUGACCUGGAGAUGGUGUCUCAUUUCUACAUGAACAAUCUUUUUAUUAAAAUGACAACUAUACUGUAUGUAGCUAUUGGUAAUAAUCAGAUACUGUUUAGCAUUACACAUAUUAAACUGUAAAUAUUACUGUGUGAAUAAAGCUUUAAAAUGA